GUCCAGCGUGGACGCGUACUCAAUUCGCAAAGAAAAAUUGGCCGACGAUAAUUGCGGCCGCAGACAAAACCGAAAAUCGCCAUUCCGAAUUGUAUAAAUGAACGGUGGAUCAUAAGGGGAAAUUCGGAACGCUCAUUUUCCUUCUUUCUUUCUCCUAGAGCUAUGUUUUCAAUUUUACGCAAUCGCCAUUGUUAUUUUCGCGCGUAAAAUUUGAACCGAACGCGAGCGAAGGGUUGAAGAAUAUUUCUGAAAAAUCUACGAUCUCCACGUCGUGUGCGGAACUACGAAAUAACAAAGCUGACAUUAUUCAACGAAUUUCUUUUCAAUCGAGCUAAAUCGAUCGACGCUGAUCGAUCGACGAACACGCGACAGGUACGCGGAACUGCCGAUUGCGCGUGUAUUAUGAUCCUUGGACCGUGGACCGCAGCAGUUGUACGCAGAGAAAGGCUGGGAAAAAACCUCGAAGAAAAACAAACGCACUCGAUCCCGUUACAAAUCAGUUGAUAAAAGACUCGAACGACUCGUCGCGAAUCCUGUCCGCCGAAGGUCACCCGGAGUUCUGAAAAUCGGGUUUUCCGAAUUUCCGGGCGUCGAGGGUGGAGCGAACGGAGGAUCGAGGAGUAAAUCCCACGGGCAGCGUGGAUAAUACGGAUAGCUGUGAGAAAACUGAUGGAUUUUACGGAGAGCGGUUGACCACGAUUUUCGAACAAUUUCGCGUUAUCUGUUCGAGUAGUUACUACGCUACGCCGUUGCGGUGGGUUUGCAAUACCAUCCGAAUACGGUGGCACCGAUUGCCAGGAAUGAAACGUAUGAAGAGAUUCGUUUUGGCGCACAGUACCGAGAAGGAUCCGAUCUGGAAAAGCUCCGACAAUCUGCUGGCGGGGGUCGCUAAAAUGAACACGGAAAAGGUAGAAACUACGUGCAACGCCGACGCCGACGACGUCGAAGAUGCCGAGGACGAUCAGGGGCUGACUAUGACGCCCAGCAUGUCCCAGGGUACGGUGAUGAUCCAGGCCCAAAGUCGUCAAUUGGAGAAGGAUUUCACCGUAGCGACGCCUGAAGAAUUUGUACGGAGAUUCGGCGGAACCCAAGUGAUAAACAAAGUUCUGAUCGCGAACAAUGGGAUAGCCGCGGUGAAAUGCAUGCGAUCGAUUCGACGAUGGUCCUACGAAAUGUUUAAAAAUGAAAGAGCCAUUCGUUUCGUAGUUAUGGUCACACCGGAGGAUCUAAAAGCUAACGCGGAAUACAUAAAAAUGGCCGAUCAGUACGUACCGGUUCCCGGAGGAACAAAUAACAACAAUUAUGCGAACGUUGAAUUGAUCGUAGACAUCGCAAUCCGUACUCAAGUUCAGGCUGUAUGGGCUGGAUGGGGUCACGCAUCCGAAAAUCCAAAACUACCCGAACUUUUGCAUAAAAAUAACAUAAUAUUUAUCGGACCCUCGGAGAGAGCGAUGUGGGCUCUGGGUGACAAAAUUGCCUCGAGUAUCGUAGCUCAAACCGCAGACGUGCCUACUCUACCGUGGUCCGGAUCGGAUUUGAAGGCUCAUUACAGCGGUAAAAAGAUAAAAAUAUCCUCGGAGCUUUUCAAAAAAGGUUGCGUUUCCACCGUGGAAGAGUGUCUCGCCGCAGCUAGCAAAAUUGGAUUUCCCGUAAUGGUGAAAGCGAGCGAGGGCGGUGGUGGCAAGGGGAUUCGUAAAGUCGACAACGCCGAAGAAUUACCCUCGCUUUUUAGACAAGUUCAAACGGAAAUCCCAGGUUCUCCGAUAUUCAUUAUGAAGCUCGCUAAAUGCGCCCGUCACUUGGAGGUACAGUUGUUGGCGGACAACUACGGAAAUGCUAUUUCGCUGUUCGGUCGCGACUGCUCCAUCCAAAGAAGACAUCAAAAAAUCAUCGAAGAAGCACCGGCGGUCAUCGCGAAACCGGAAGUCUUCGAGGAAAUGGAGAAAGCUGCGGUGAGACUGGCGAAGAUGGUAGGAUACGUGAGCGCGGGAACGGUGGAGUAUCUGUACGAUACGUCGGGCCGUUACUUCUUUUUGGAACUGAAUCCUCGUUUGCAAGUAGAACAUCCUUGCACGGAGAUGGUCUCCGACGUGAAUUUACCCGCCGCCCAACUUCAAGUCGCCAUGGGCCUGCCGUUACACCACAUAAAAGAUAUCCGUUUGUUGUACGGAGAGAGUCCGUGGGGUGAUACGCCGAUCGAUUUCGAUCAACCGAGACACAAGCCUCAGCCGUGGGGUCACGUGAUUGCAGCCAGAAUAACGAGUGAAAAUCCCGACGAAGGGUUCAAACCAAGUUCCGGAACGGUUCAGGAGUUGAAUUUCCGUUCAUCGAAGAACGUGUGGGGAUAUUUUUCGGUCGGAGCGUCCGGGGGUUUACACGAAUUUGCCGAUUCUCAAUUCGGCCACUGUUUCUCGUGGGGAGAAGAUCGUAAUCAAGCUAGCGAGAAUUUGGUCGUUGCUCUGAAGGAAUUGAGCAUCAGAGGUGAUUUCAGAACAACCGUAGAGUACCUUAUCACUCUUCUCGAAACUGAGUCCUUUCAGUCGAACAGCUUCGACACUGCGUGGCUCGAUUUGCUGAUCGCCGAACGAGUACAAAGCGACAAACCGGAUGUUUUACUGGCGGUUACAUGCGGAGCACUUCAUAUAGCCGACAGAACCAUCACAGCGGCGUUUACGGGCUUCCAAACUGCUCUGGAGAAGGGUCAGAUACAAGCCAGUAACGAUUUGGACAACGUGUGCGACGUUGAACUUAUAAACGAUGGAUACAAGUAUAAAGUACAGACUGCGAAAUCGGGCCCAAAUUCAUACUUCCUCGUUAUGAACGGGUCCUACAAAGAAGUGGAGAUUCACCGACUUUCCGACGGAGGUCUCUUGCUUUCUAUGGACGGUGCCAGUUUCACGACGUACAUGAGAGAGGAAGUCGAUCGCUAUCGUAUAGUGAUCGGCAAUCAAACAUGUGUAUUUGAAAAGGACAAUGACCCAUCUUUGUUGAGAUCACCUUCGGCUGGAAAGCUAAUUAGUUUUCUAGUAGAAGACGGUGGUCACGUGGACCGUGGCCAAGCGUAUGCCGAAAUCGAGGUGAUGAAGAUGGUUAUGACCGUGACCGCUGGUGAAGCAGGUAGCAUAUUUUACGUAAAACGACCUGGCGCCAUUUUAGAGGCAGGUGUUCUGAUCGCCCACUUGGAAUUGGAUGAUCCGUCGCUGGUUAGCAAAGCUCUGGAAUACACGGGUCAAUUUCCGGCACCGGUGGCACCGAUUGUACCGGAAAAACUGAACCAACUUCACGCAAGGUACAGAAGUGCUUUGGAAAAUACCCUAGCUGGAUACUGCCUGCCCGAUCCCUACCAUUUGCCGAGGCUUCGAGAGCUCAUUGAGAAGUUUAUGAAUUCUUUGCGUGAUCCCAGUUUACCUCUACUGGAACUUCAAGAAGUGAUCGCUACCAUAUCAGGAAGGAUUCCUGUUUCCGUUGAAAAAAAGAUUAGAAAGUACAUGACGCUUUACGAAAGAAACAUCACUUCGGUUUUGGCACAGUUUCCGAGCCAGCAAGUUGCUUCCGUGAUCGACGGACAUGCCGCGACACUUUCCAAACGAACUGAUAGAGAUGUGUUCUUUUUAACCACUCAGGGCAUCGUCCAGCUCGUGCAAAGGUACCGUAACGGAAUUCGUGGAAGAAUGAAGACUGCCGUCCACGAACUUCUCCGACAAUAUUAUACGGUCGAAAGCCAGUUCCAGCAAGGACACUACGACAAAUGUGUAUCCGCACUGAGAGAACAAUACAAAGAUGAAAUGAGUAUGGUUACCGCUACAAUUUUCAGCCAUAAUAACGUCCUGAAGAAGAACGUUUUGGUGACAAUGCUCAUCGAUCACUUGUGGGCCAACGAACCUGGACUCACAGAUGAGUUGGCGAGCACAUUGACGGAAUUGACGAGCUUGAAUCGCACCGAACACAGUCGUGUCGCGUUGAGGGCCAGACAAGUUUUGAUAGCAGCUCAUCAGCCCGCCUAUGAAUUGAGACACAAUCAAAUGGAAUCUAUAUUCCUAUCCGCCGUUGAUAUGUACGGGCAUGACUUCCACCCGGAAAAUCUGCAGAAGUUAAUAUUAUCGGAGACUUCUAUAUUCGAUAUUUUACACGAUUUCUUUUACCACUCAAAUCGGGCGGUAUGCAAUGCGGCGCUAGAAGUUUAUGUUAGGAGAGCUUACAUCAGCUACGAAUUGGCUUGUUUGCAGCAUCUGGAAUUAUCUGGAGAAAUACCUUUGGUUCACUUCCAAUUUCUUUUGCCGAACAACCAUCCGAACCGCCAAAAUCAGACCCUCGUGAACCACAGAACAGGAGCUAUGGCCGCGUUUAAAGAUCUUCAAGAAUUCAGCCAGUAUUCAGACGAAGUACUCGACCUGUUGGAAGAUCUGUCGUCUCGAAGUUCGGUUUCCGCCAAAGUUUUGGAAGCAGUGGAGACUGCCGGAAGUGAAUCUCGACACAGUACAUCUAUAAAUAUUUCUCUGAGUACCGCCGAAGCUGCUGUAGCUGAAGGAGGUGACACAUCGGGAGAGCCUGUUCACAUUCUGAGUAUCGCGUUACAAGACACUGGGAAUCAAGACGAUACGGUUAUGUCGAGACUUUUCGAGGAUUGGUGCGCAACCAACAAAGAUGAGCUUGUGUCCCGCGGAAUCAGGAGAGUAACUUUUGCUGCCUUGAAGAAGAGGCAGUUCCCUAAAUUCUUUACUUUCCGACAACGCGAUGGAUUUGUCGAAGAUCGUAUCUAUCGCCAUCUCGAACCUGGAUGUGCCUUCCAGUUAGAACUCAACAGAAUGAGGACGUACGACCUUGAGGCUCUACCUACUUCGAAUCAGAAGAUGCAUCUAUAUUUGGGACAAGCCAAGGUUGCCAAGGGCCAGCAAGUUACUGAUUAUCGAUUCUUUAUUCGGUCAAUCAUUCGCCAUUCCGAUCUCAUUACUAAGGAAGCUAGCUUUGAUUACUUGCACAACGAGGGCGAACGCGUCCUACUGGAGGCGAUGGACGAGCUCGAAGUGGCCUUCUCCCACCCCCUGGCGAAACGCACCGACUGCAACCACAUAUUUUUGAACUUUGCACCCACGGUCAUAAUGGAUCCCGGUAGGAUCGAAGAAAGUGUGACUAGUAUGGUACUCAGAUACGGUCCAAGAUUAUGGAAAUUACGAGUCAGACAAGCUGAAAUAAAAAUGACUAUUCGUCCGGCACCAGGGAGACCGACCUCAAAUGUUCGACUGUUCAUAGCUAACGACAGCGGGUAUAGCAUUGAUCUGCAUCUUUAUACCGAGGCUACGGAGCCAAAGACUGGCAUUAUUCGUUUCGAGUCUUAUGGGUCCACUGCAAUUAAUGCAAAUUGGCGGCCAGGACCAAUGCACGGAUUGCCAAUUUCCACACCAUAUUUGACCAAAGAUUAUCUUCAAGCUAAACGGUUCCAAGCUCAGAGUUCAGGAACAACUUAUGUAUAUGAUUUGCCAGAUAUUUUCAGACAACAGAUAGAAAAGUUCUGGGAUAAAUACAUCGAGGAGAGACCUACUGCAGCAGAGAACAUCAAGAUUCCCAGUCCGGUGUUGGACAGCGUUGAGCUUGUUCUGGACGGUGACAAUUUGGUGGAACAAAAACGGCUACCCGGCGAAAACGACGUCGGAAUGGUUGCUUGGAGACUCAGCCUUUACACACCAGAGUUUCCAGACGGUAGAGAUAUCAUCCUCAUUUCGAAUGAUCUGACUUAUCAAAUAGGGUCGUUCGCACCAAAAGAAGAUCUAGUAUUUUGCAAGGCAUCCGAGAGAGCUCGUGAGCUUGGAAUACCCAGAAUCUACUUUUCUGCAAACUCUGGUGCCAGAAUUGGCCUGGCCGAAGAGGUGAAAGCAUUGUUCAGAAUUUCAUGGGAAGACGAAAACGAACCGGAGAAAGGUUUCAAAUACAUCUACGUUACCCCAGACGAUUACGCAAGAUUAGCACCGUACAAUUCAAUCAAAGCGUCAUUGAUCGAGGACAACGGAGAGCCUCGUUACAAGAUAACAGAUAUAAUUGGUAAAGAUGACGGACUUGGUGUUGAAAAUUUGAAAUACGCCGGUAUGAUUGCUGGCGAAACAUCUCAAGCAUAUAACGAGGUGGUCACAAUAUCCAUUGUAUCAUGCCGCGCGAUCGGUAUUGGUUCUUAUCUGUUACGUCUGGGUCAACGAGUGAUACAAAUUGAGAACUCGCACAUCAUAUUGACCGGGUAUAGAGCACUGAAUACGGUACUGGGUCGUGAGGUAUACGCGAGCAACAAUCAACUGGGUGGAAUCCAAAUAAUGCACAACAAUGGUGUUUCACACACGACCGAACCGAGAGAUUUAGAUGGAAUAGCUACUGUUCUACGGUGGCUGAGCUACGUACCCAAAGCUAAAGGGGGGCCGCUUCCAAUUCUGUCCGCACCACAUCCUGACCCAAUUGACAGAGAAAUUGGUUACGUUCCAACAAAGGCCCCGUACGACCCCAGAUGGAUGCUCGAAGGAAGACAUUCUUCCACCGAUUCCUCUGUUUGGGAAAGUGGCUUCUUCGAUCGGGGCUCGUGGCAGGAAAUUAUGAGACCUUGGGCACAAACGGUGGUGACGGGUCGCGCCAGGCUCGGAGGUAUUCCUUGCGGUGUGAUAGCGGUGGAAACACGAACAGUCGAACUACAUUUGCCGGCAGACCCCGCAAAUUUGGAUUCUGAAGCAAAGACGGUAUCUCAGGCAGGUCAAGUCUGGUUCCCAGACAGCGCAUACAAGACUGCCCAAGCUAUUCGUGAUUUCGGUAAAGAGGAACUGCCUUUGUUCAUAUUCGCCAACUGGCGCGGAUUUUCCGGAGGCAUGAAGGAUAUGUACGAACAAGUUGUCAAAUUUGGCGCUUACAUCGUUGACGCAUUAAGAGAGUACUCCAGGCCAGUCAUAGUAUACAUCCCUCCGAACGGAGAACUGAGAGGCGGUGCCUGGGCAGUCGUUGAUCCGUCCAUUAAUCCUAGGUACAUGGAAAUGUUCGCUGACACGACCGGCAGAGGUGGUGUACUAGAACCGGAAGGAAUCGUUGAAAUCAAAUUCAGACACAAGGAUCUUGUAAAAACGAUGCAUCGGGUCGACCCAGUCAUACGCAACUUGAAGGAAAGAGCUACCGCUUCGACCUCCGCUGAAGAGCGUGCCAGCCUGGACACGGAGAUUCGCAAAAGAGAACAGGCUCUGGAACCGAUGUACCAUCAGGUAGCCGUUCACUUUGCGGAGUUACACGACACCCCUGAAAGAAUGUUGGAAAAAGGUGUGAUUAGCGAGAUUAUACCGUGGAAGAAGGCACGCCGCAUGUUAUAUUGGCGGCUAAGACGAAAUCUUUUGGAGGAUGACGUGACAAAAGACGUCCUCUCGACACAGCCUAGUUUGGGUGUUGGAACUGUAGUUUCUAUGCUGAGACGCUGGUUCGUCGAAGACAGAGGCGCUACCGAAUCGUACUUGUGGGACCAAGACGAGGCCGUAGCCAAAUGGUUGAUUACCCAAAAUGAAACUGAAGGCAGUGUUGUUAGUCGUAACGUAAAUUGCGUUAGAAAGAAUGCUGUUCUUAUUCGCGUUAAAGAGGCUCUCGAAUGUUGUCCGGAAGUGAGGUUGGAUGCGGUUAUAGAAAUUGCCCACAGGCUGCAAGCGGGUGAACGAGCUGAACUUCUGCGAACUCUGUCACAGCUCGAAACUUCGGGUCAAGAGCAUCACAAUGAUUCGAGUGCAUCUUCGUAGCUGAUUCAUAUCAUUAUUUGAAAUGCCGACGUACCUGGUGUAUGUAGCUCUUUUAGGCCUAAUUUGUUGUACAUACGCUCGUAAUGCAUCCCAUUGUUAUUAAUAUUAUAGUAAAAUCCACAAAGUUGCUAGUAAAACCUUUUCAAUUAUUAUAGCUAUUACUUGUAUCGCCAUGUAACGAGACUAUUUCGUCGACAUGUUAGCUGAACUUUUGAAGUGAGAAAGCGGAGUGUUGUACAUGUUUGCCAUGUAUUUAAUAUGGUAGUUUGUUAUCUGUAUUGUAAUACGAGAAUUUGGGAAUAUAGAGAGAUUAUAUAUUUAUUUUUAGAAAAAAGCCCUAAUAGAAAAACUUUUUUUCCAACUUUUCCAACGCCUGCGUCAACACGCAGGUUGUUUGGUGGGCUAUCAUCAAUCGGUUCAAACUUUGCAGCUUCGGGAAACUAUCUAUUUUCUUUCAAUCUGUACAAUUAUGGCGAUGUGCAACCAAUAAUUGUUUGAAUAUUAAAAUUAAAACACGUUAAUAUUUA